AUGGUGGUGCAGUUGCUGCUCAGUCUGGGGCUGGAAUGUCCGGAUCGUCUGGGUGUCAUCAGUCUGCGCCCCCGGAGCUCCGCGCGCACCUCCAUCUCCUCCGCUCACCAUAAAGACCCGACGAAGGUGAGCGGAGGCGUCGGCGGCGCGCGCACAGGUGACGGGCUGCUCCAAACAGUGGCAGCAGGGCGGCGCAAGGUGGAGGUGCGACACGAAACCAAACCCGUGGAGCUGAGAAGGAGCGGACCGGCGAGGGGCGGUGGCGCAGCGGCUGUGGGUCGGUGCCGACCCUGAGAUGCGCGCGGAGACGUUAAGGAGGACGCCGCUGAGUCAUCAUCAUCAUCAUCAUCUUCCUCCGGCUGUGUAAAAAGGGCAGAGGUUUCCCUUCAGCUGGGAGGAACAAGCGCGCGCGUAAUGACGCAUCCGGACACGACAGAGGAGACAGGGAGCACACUGCACGAGGAGGAGACACCCCGGGGGGACGAUUAUCUGAGCGGGAGAAGUGAGUCUGAUGACGGGGAGGAGGUGGAUGAUGAAGGUUUGGUUUUGUUUUACGAGUCCGGCCCGUGCGUGGCGGAAGACGAGUCCCAUUACAUUACCACGCACGAGAUCCAGCUCUCCGAGCUCUCUGACCACGAGGGGGACUUCGGGGCGGGCUCGUCCGCGGGCAGCUGGGACAUUGAAGAUGACAGCCAGGUGUACCCGUUCGUGGGUUACUGCUUUGAGGGGGAGAAAGGGCACGCGCGGCCUCGCGCUCAGGGCGCAGCAGCGGUCAGCACUCUGCCUGAAAGUGAUCCGCGCGCAGCGGCCAAGUUCUCCAGCUCAGAGGAGCAGAGCGGCGGCAGCAGUGGGGGGCAGAUCCACCUGUCAAUCAGAACCACCUCUCGAGCUAUAAAUGAGCCUGGCAACGUUCAAGAACAGGGAAAUAUUCUUUAUCAUACCGCGCGCGCCGGAGACGUGAGCCGCUGCGUGUUUCGGGGAGUGGACGGGAAGGCAGAGUGUCUCAUAGCUGCGCCGGGACGUCUGCAUUUUGGCGGCAAAUUGAGAGGCAAGGAGGUGAGGGAGCAGUCCAGCAGCACGUCCAGUGCUGUCAGCGAGCUGGACGACGCUGACAAGGAGGUGCGCAGCCUCACAGCCAGAGCCUUCAGGAGCCUGGCCCAGCACUUUGAUGCCUUCAGUUUCAGCACCUCCAGCGAGUCCUCGGCCUCAGAGCUCAGCAGGUGGUCCACGUUCGUAGACCUGAAAUAUGGCAACAUGAACGUGGACCAGAGUGUUGUUUCCUGUCAGAACCCAGACACUAAAGGUUAUAAGGGCAUCGCACUGGCCAGCCUCAAACCCCCCAGCAGCAAGAUUUUCACUUUGAGUAGCACCCCCCACGCUCAGCAAAUCCAACUGAUGGGGAAGUUCGGUCAGGGCCACGGUGGGGUGAUCCGGCUCACCGAGACCCUCAACUUCCGCUGUAAUGUCAAGUCUGCGGGAGAACGGUGCGCCCAGUUUGCACAAAGCGCAGCAGGAUCACGUUCCGCAGAUGAAGUUACCCAGAGCUCGCUGAGCGGGGGCAGCAGGACCCCCCUCAGAGCCAUGGAGGACACGAACAAGAAGGCCGUGUUCGCCUCAAGCCUCAUCAAAAAUGUCAUUUCUAAAAAGAUGCAGUUUGAGCAGGAGCGCAGGAUGGAGAGGGGGGAGAUCAGGGAGCCGCCGCAGGAGGGGGACAGGCGGAAGGGGGGCUCCAAGGUCUCAGAGAGCAGCUCGGACUACAACAUAAUGUGCGUGGACGAGCUGGGGGACAUCGUGGACAGUGGCUCGUGUGAAACCAGGAGCGAGUCUCGGAGACGGGACAGAAGCGCUCCCGCAACUAAUUUAGAGACGAGCGGAGCUGGAGUCGAUACUAAAAAAGGUGCUCUGGAGGCAUCCAGGAGCACCCUGCUCCAGAGCCAAAAUAGCGCCUUCAGAUGCUGGAGGGACAAGGAGCUAGGGUUUCAACAAGACCCCAGGAGCCGUGACAGACUGCAGGACAAGCUGGAUGACAAAGACCACGAGGCGGAGAGGCCCUCAGGCUGCGGCAAACUCACGCAAAUGUCGCAUUUGUUUGUGCCAAGUAUCCAGCUGCUGUCCGGGGAAGGAGAGGCCGGGCAGCAGCUGCACAGCAGGAACUGUCAGGACGGAAGCGGACCUAAAGUACGCUCCGACAACACCUUAUACAUCACAGACUCCAGGAGUUUAACCACCUCCAAAUCCCCGGAAAUCAAAAUCAACCUGAGGAGCGUCAAAGACCUCAAAACGGAACCUCUGGGUGUCUCCAAGCUGCGCGCUCCUAACACCGGCUGCGGUCCCAUAAGAACCGACAGCUUCAAAUGUCAGGCCCUGGCUGCAGCCCUGAAGGGUGAGUCUUCAGAUAAAGUGCCACAUUUUAUGGUUCGAGACAUCAGAGACAACAAAGGGAAGCUGCAGACUCCCAUCCACCAGGUCAGAGAUGUACGUAAACUGGUGAAAAGUUCUUAUAACUUUGUUUCUCUGGAUAACAACGAGAACAAAUCCAGCUUUGCCUCUGCUGACAGCUACUCAGAGCUGAAGAAACACGUGCACAACUGCAACCCCAACUCCGUGUCCCCGAUAGUGAUAAAAUGUCAGUCCGUUAAUACCAAUAACACUGGGAAGCACGCAGAAAGUCUUGAGUUAGUGAAACAGGAGCCAUGUGUUACAGACAGAUCAGAGGAGGCCCCACCUCAGGGAGCAGCAGGGGCAGCUCCCCCCACAGAAGGAGAGCUGAGGCCUGAGAGUAAAGUAGCCUCAAACAACCAGGACAAAGUGUCAGAGACAGCAGAUAAGAAGCCAGAGUCAAACAUGGCAAAUCAGAUGGCUUUGGAAAAACUCAAGGCUGCUGUCAAAACCAUGGAACAACUCUAUGUGUUCGAUAAGAACGAGUGGAGGAGGAAGACUGAGCCGCAGCCUCUGACAGACAGCCAUGUUCUGUCUCUGAUAGCCACCGAGUUACAGGGGGGGUCUGAGGAGAGAGCGGCAAGACAGGACAAGACAGUCAGAAGAGACUCCUGUCCUAACAUCGACAAGACCCUGCCACAGUUAGCAACAUCACCUGGGACUGACGGCACCUUCAGGCAGGAGAACAAAGACCUCAAAGUCCGUCAGUCAUCCAGCAGCCUUGAUAAAAGGGUAGGGUCAAAGCUGGUGCAAGCUCUUAGCACCACAGGAGCCAAAAACAAGUCCAGGAAGGCCUCCACAGCUGCUAAUGUUCACCACCAAAACUCCAUGACACAGACGCUUUUUAGCAACAAAAAUGUCCCAAAGUCCUCCAAGCUGCCCGUGUCAUUAAAAAUCAGCCAGACAGGAAUAACUCGGAAUGAAGGAGCUGAAUGGAGGGACGUAGAAAGAUCUGAGCCAAGGUUUUCGGGCAAAUCGGCUGACAACGAGAACUACCUAGCCAUUCCAAUCAAAUCACACCUCAGUGACAGCAAACCAGUCCCGUCAGCCGAUAAAACAUCGGCAAAUAUGUUUGCAGCUAAGUUUGGCCCAAGCUGUCCUCCAAAACACGAGGGGUCUGAGUUCAGGAGCAUGGAGGACCUCAGCCCAGAGAUAAAACGUUCCAGCUUUGUAAUGGAGACACACCCACAGGAAGUUCCUUCUGCCACCAUCUAUCACACCCUGCCACUGGGGCUCUCUGCCAGUCAGCCACAGGUGUACUGCUUUUCCCCAGCCAUGACUCCAGCACCCACUCUCGACCCCUUUCAGGCUACGCAGAGGAAGAUGCUCCUGGAUCCCACCACUGGAAACUACUACCUGGUAGACACUCCUGUGCAGCCAGCCACAAAGCGCCUUUUUGACCCUGAAACAGGUCAUUAUGUGGAGGUACCUAUGCCCCAGCCUCCCAUGACCCCUGUGCCCAUGCCCAUCUCCCCCCUAGCUCUCAGUCCCGCAGCAUACGGUCAUGCCUACAUGGUCUACCCAAGCUUUGUGCCGACACCAUCAGUGAUACCUGCCCGAACUCUGGUGCAGUCCCAGAUGUCGGUGCCGUCGGAGGCAGAGAGCGGGGAGAAGGCGUCCUCACAGAAUGAAGGAAUGUACAUGGAGAGUCCCUUCUACAUGACCACUGGAAAGACUCCCCAGGCUCAGCAGCUGACAACCGGCAGCAGGCCACAGCACAGCUUCUCCAGCUUCAAGCAGCCGGUCAUCAGCAUCACCUCCCAGCAAGGUCCCCGGAUCAUCGCCCCACCCUCAUUUGACGGGACCACCAUGAGUUUUGUGGUGGAGCACAGAUAA